AUGCCACAAUUCGGCGCAACCUUCGUUCCUGGAGGGUUCGAUGACUACUACAUGCCCGAGGUCGUUGCACCUGCUCCUCAACGUGUAACGCCCCAGGUCCCCCAGAACAUGCAAAACGACCUUCAGCGCAUGGAACUUGAAGCCCGCGAAGUCGAUCCGAACCGAGCCACCUCCAACAUCACCAACCGACACGGCCGAGAGCCCUCCCUGUCAUCUGUCCUCAAGCCAACCAUUCCUGGUGCGCCCUCGCUGCCGCCAAAAGGAGAGUCCGACGCCCCAGCCGGCGCACCCCAGACCGAUACCUACAGACCCUUCCACGAGAACAGCGCAAGCGGUAAUCACCACAAGAUGCGGCCCAGCGCGGCGCCCUCGUUCUCUCCUUUUCCCAAGGUCAAGGGCGACAACGUGCCCCCGACUGACGAGGAGAAGGAGGAAAUUCUAUGGAACGCCCGCGAGCAUGUCCUGCACUCCAACAACGUGUCUAUGCAGCUGUCCUGGGCUCGCGACACCUUGGCGUGGGCUGAGAUUGUCAUGGAGGCCAGGGCUAGAGACCCGGAGAGUGGCCGCCAAACACCAAAAGUCGAGCACGAACUGCGCGCCGAUGCGAUCAACAUCGUCAACUACCUCGUAGGCCAGGAACACCCCGAGGCACUCUUUAUGAAGGCAAAGUGGCUUGAGUUUGGCAAGUUUGGCUGCAGACCGGACAAGCGAGAUGCGUACACAAAAUACCAGCGCGCGGCAGAACUUGGGUAUGCGCGUGCGGAGUAUCGUCUGGGUAUGCUUUUUGAGAACUCAAACGACUACAGCAAAGCUGUCGAGCACUACUACCUCGGCCUGCGACUCAAGGACUCGGCCGCGAUGUACCGCUUGGGUAUGAUGAGUCUGCUCGGCCAGCACAACCAUCCGAAAGACUACCAGCGGGGUCUCGACCUCAUCAGGGAGGCUGCAGACCUUUCGGAUGAGGAUGCGCCUCAGGGGUCGUACGUCUACGGAAUGCUCCUUGCCAAGGACCUUCCUGACAUUGAUGUCCCUGAGGCUUUGCUUCCUGCGGAUCUGCCACUGGCGAAGAUGUAUAUCGAGAAGGCUGCUUACCUCGGCUUCUCCAAGGCACAGUUGAAGAUUGGCCAGGCCUACGAGCUUUGCCAGCUCGGGUGCGACUUCAACCCCGCGUACUCACUCCAUUACUACGGCCUGGCUGCCCAGCAAGGACAGCCCGAGGCGUCGCUUGGUGUAAGCAGAUGGUUCCUAUUCGGGUACGAGGGCAUCUUCAACAAAAACGAGCAGCUCGCCUUCAAGUAUGCUCAGGAUGCUGCUAACGGCAAGCUGCCGACUGGAGAGUUUGCCAUGGGAUACUACUACGAGAUUGGCGUCCACGUCCCCAAGGAUCUCCGCCAAGCCAGAUUCUGGUACGAAGCCGCCGCCGAUCACGGCAACAAGGACGCUAGAGGCCGAAUUGAUGCCUUGGACCACGAGAAGAGUCUGACAAAGGCUGACCACGAGACAACGACGCUGACGAGGAUCAAGUCGCAACAUGGAUCCCAGCGAGGCAAGAGACCUGAUCGCUUCAAGGCGCCGAGUACCAUGCCGAGUGUUUCCGAGAGCGCGCCGGUUACCCCCACCGAUGCCCACCCUGGCUAUCCGUCUACAUCGGCCAAGACGUCCCCUCAUCCAUCCCCCAGAGCGCACCCUACUUCAGUGCCGCACGACAGCAUUGACUUUCCCGACCCGUCACGACCCAACAGUAUGGGCAAUAGACCAGCCGCAUUCAACGUGAACCUCGACGCCAACCUGGCAAUCCGGCCCAAGUCGGCUGCCCCGUACCCGGAAGAUGAUCGGCCUGCGCCGCUCAACCUGAACAGACCGAAAUCGACGGCUCCUUACCCCGAAGAUGAUGUGCACGGCAGGGGCGCCGGGCCUCAACUCUCCCCUCAUUACAACGCUGGCAGUCGCCCCGUCUCUGGUCCACACUCGGAUCGCCCCGGUAGCGCGUUCGGCAUUCGUACCGGUCCCGGUGGUCCUCCGGGGCCGUCAGGCAAUAUUCGCGCUUCACAAUCGAUGGGCAACAUGAUCCCGCCAGCAGGUUCAGACCCACGCGGUCGCGUGCCUGUUGGAGCGCCCGCGGGAUAUCGCCAGGCGAGCCCUGGUCCCGCAGCGAGACCCCCAAGUCAACCUUACCCAGCGGUUGGUGGCCUUCCUUCCAACCCAGCCGUCAACAGGCCGCCUAAGCAAAAUCAGUACGCCAAUCCGCAACAAUCUCCAUCCUUCCAGCAGGGAAGCUACGGUCCAAGCGAUUACGGCCAGCCUACGCCGCCGCCAGCACAAGCUGGCAACUUUGGUCAACGUACAUCAUCCAUCCCCCCUGAGGCUCAGCAUGGAUAUGGCAGGGGCGCGGCGUCUCAACGUAUUGACUCGAUGCCACUUAGCCCCUCAGGUAACCCGCGUCCUGGUCCUGGACCGGCGGGCGCGCCCCGGCCUUUCCCCAACCGACCAGACCUUGCCGAUCAGCCCGGUCGAACGGGCAGCGCGCCGCCUUCAUCCCAGCCGCGGCCGCAGCAGCAACCCAGCCCUGCUCCUAGCGCUCAAACGAUGCCCCCUCCAAAGAAGCAAACGACGGGCCAGGGACCUGCCACCUUUGAGGCGAUGGGCAUUCCCAAGGGCAAGGAUGAGUCGGACUGCGUGAGUAAAGCUGCACUGUUAUUGACGAGCGCAUUACUAAUAAUGACGAUAGAUCGUGAUGUAAAUUUCUCUCAGAUACCAAUUUCACUUAACGAAAUGAUGCUUUCCCAGCAUACCAUCGGGGGUUAG